AUGUCCGAAACGGCCCCCGCUGUGGCCGCCGCCGCCGCCGCCUCCGCCGCGCCCGCCCCGGCCUCCAAGGCGCCGGCCAAGAAGGCGAAGAAGGCGGGGCCCGCCAAGGCGCGCAAGGCGUCGGGCCCCAGCGUCACCGAGCUCAUCACCAAGGCGGUGGGCGCUUCCAAGGAGCGCAAAGGCGUCUCCCUGGCGGCCCUGAAGAAGGCCCUGGCGGCCGAGGGCUACGACGUGGAGAAGAACAACAGCCGCAUCAAGCUGGGGCUGAAGAGCCUGGUGGGCAAAGGCACCCUGGUGCACACCAAGGGCAUCGGCGCCUCCGGCUCCUUCAAGCUGGGCAAGAAGCCCGGCGAAGGGAAGGAGAAGCCCCCCAAGAAGAGGCAGCCGCCGCCCGUCAAGGCCAAGAAGCCCGUGGCCAAGAAAGCCGCCGGCGCCGUGAAGAAGCCCAAGAAAGCCGCCGCCGCCGCCAAAAAGAGCCCCAAGAAGCCCAAGAAGCCGGCGGCGGCGGCCAAGAAGGCGGCCAAGAGCCCCAAGAAGGCGAAGCCCGUCAAGCCCAAGAAGGUCGCCAAAAGCCCGGCGAAAGCGAAGGCGGUGAAGCCCAAGACCGCCAAAGCCAAGCCCGCCAAGUCCAAGGCGGCGAAGGCGAAGAAGGCGGCGCCCAAGAAGAAGUAG